ACGCUUUUCCCCAGCGCAAGUCGCUCCUUAGGAUCCCCUUCAUCUUACCACUAGAGAGUGCGUUAGGUUCUAGCUGCUUCAUGUAGGGUCAGGUUCUGCUUUAUGUAGGGUAGAGAGUUCCUCGCUGGCGUCACGUUCCUCACACGAAGUUUUUUUCUGCCUUGGUUUGGCUAAUCCGUUCCUCGUCACCUCGUUUCGAGGCAUUUCGUGGACGAGAGGAUAAGUAGCGGUUCCAUUGCCUGAGAAUUGAAGUGGACGAACGAACGACGAACGACGAACGACGUGGUACUGAUCAAGCGGAAAGCCUGGUUGCUUUCGAAGCGAGCCUCUGAAGCAUAUACGAUCCUGAUUCGGUGAUCUUAGCAUCGAGCAGGUUCUGAGAGAAAAGGGUGAAUAGACAGCAGAAUACCUGGCUAUCGAUACCUAGUUGUUUCAUUCUCUUGAUAUCAGUGUCUGGACAGCAGGUUACCUGGAUUUCAUUUCUUAGACUGUCGAUUCUCUAGGCACGAAUACUUUAGGCAAUUGAAUUCCUAUUACCAGUAGCUUAACUUUCGGAUUUCUUCGAAUUUCUUAAAACCAGUACGUAGACUUCCAAGAUGGGAGAUUCCAAGCCCUCCGGAGGCGGCGGCGGCGGCGGAAGCGGACUGCAGCUCGAUCUGGACGCGUUCGGUCGCCGCCUGAAGCAUCUCUACGACAGCUGGCGAAAGGACGAAAGCCGUUCGUGGGUAACACGAGCGCGUUCGCCGUCGCCACGCCUCCGCCGAGCGAAGACAUGCGGUACCUGAAAUCGUCCGCGCUGCAGAUCUGGUUACUGGGUUACGAGUUCCCCGAGACCGUGAUGGUGUUUCUGCAGGGCGGAGGAGCUGGCGGGGAAGGUGGCGGAAGCGGGGAAGCGGGGGAGUGGUGCACGUGGUGUGCAGCCAGAAGAAAGCGCAGCAUCUGGAGGCCGUCAGGCGCGUGUGUGCGGAAAAAUCCGGUACGGUGCGAGAGAUAUCCGAUACGGUGCGAGAGAAAUCCGGUGCGGUUCGAGAGAAAUCCGGUACGGUGCGAGGGAAGAACUUACGUGGGAGAUGUGUGGGGCGGCAUCGAGAUGGUACUGCACCCCAAGCCCCGCAGCGAGGACGGCUCAUCCCAAAUGGCGCAGGUCAUCUCCGCCAUCCGAGCCUCCGGCGCAGGCUCGGCAGGAGGAGGUCCGGUACGGCUGGGCGUGCUAGCCAAGGAAGCACCAGAGGGCGCGGUCAUGGAGAAAUGGGCGGCAGCAGUGGCGGCAGCGGCCAGUGGGGGCGAGGGGGGGGAGGGGGCAGUAGAGACGGUGGAUGUGGGGCCGGCGCUCGGGGAUGUGCUGGCAGUGAAGGACGAUGGCGAGGUGAUCAACGUCAAGAAGGCUGCUUUCCUCAGCGCGCAGGCCCUCAAGGCGUUCGUGGUGCCGAAGAUGGAGGUGCUGAUUGAUGAGGAGCGCAGCAUGACGCAUGCGGAGCUGAUGGAGCAGACAGAGGAGGUCAUCACAGACCCUGCCAAGAUCAAAGUCAAGCUCAAGCCCGACAACUGCGACAUCUGCUACCCCCCGGUGUUCCAGAGCGGAGGCCAGUACGACCUGCGGGCGUCAGCAGUGAGCAGCGACGACCCCCUGUGCUACGACUCCAUGGGUGUCAUCAUCUGCGCCAUCGGCGCCCGAUAUGCUUCCUACUGCUCCAAUGUGGCGCGCACCUACCUCAUCGACGCUACCAAAGCACAAGAGAAGGCGUACCAAGUGCUGCUGAGGGCACAGGAGGCAGCGAUCGCUGCGAUAAAGCCGGGGACGAAGCUGGGGGAUGUGUACCGGGCGGCAGUGGCAGUGGUGGAGAGGGAAGCGCCGGAGCUGGUGGCGCAUCUGACCAAGCAUGCCGGCACAGGGAUAGGCAUCGAGUUCCGAGAGGCGGGUCUGACGCUGAACGCCAAGAAUGAGCGCACUGUCAAGCCGGGCAUGGCGUUUAACGUGGUGCUCGGGCUGCACGGACUCACCAACCCAGAGGCCGGGGGAAAGGAGGGGGGGGAGGCGAACGGGAGCGCAGAGGGAGGGGGCAAGGAGGGGGGGAAAGAGGGGAAGGGAAGCGCGAAGCUGAGGAGCUACGCGCUGCUGCUGGCGGACACAGUGACUGUGAGGAGCGCGGCUGACAAGGACCGAUGGGUCGACGUUGCCACUGCUUCGGCCUCCAAGUCAUUUGCUGACGUAGCUUACUCGCUUAAGGGGGAAGAUGAGGAAGAGGAGGACACCGACAAGGGGAAACGCCCAGCCGACGCAGGGGGGGCAGCAGAGCCCGCCGUGUUCGCCCGGGCGCACCUGCGAUCCGAGAACCAGGAGGCGACUAAGGAGGAGCUGCGGCGGCAGCACCAGGCGGAGCUAGCGAAGCAGAAGAUCGAGGAGACGGCGCGAAGGCUGGCGGCGGGGGGCCUGGGGGCGCGGGAGGGUGAGGGGGCGAAGAGACAGACGGGGGAUCUGGUGUCGUAUGGGGAUGUGGACGAGAUCCCACUUGCCAUGAAGGACUACAAGAUCCAGGUCGAUCAGAGGCACGAAUCCGUCCUGCUGCCGAUAUACGGCCUGCUGGUGCCCUUCCACGUGUGCAUGAUUCGCAACGUCACCAGCCAGCAGGACGGCGGCCACAUCUACAUCCGCAUCAUCUUCAACGUGCCGGGGGCCGGCUUCAGCGGGUCCGACCUGCCCAUGCAGAAGUUUCCAGACAGCGUUUUCAUCAAGGAGCUGUCUUUUAAGUCGACGGACUCCAGGCACGCCAACCAGGUGGUGCAGCUGAUCAAGACCAUGAGCAAGCAUGUGCGGCAGCGCGAGUCGGAGCGCGCCGAGAGAGCGACACUUGUCACGCAGGAGAAGCUCCAGCUCAGCAAGGGCCGCCCGCCGCGCCUCCCGGAUCUUUGGAUCCGGCCGUCGUUUGGUGGCAAGGGGAGGAAGCUCACAGGGUCGCUGGAGGCACAUCUGAACGGUUUCCGAUACUCCACUGCUAAGCCGGACGAGAGGGUGGAGGUGAUGUACGGUAACAUCAAGCACGCGUUUUUCCAGCCAGCCGAGAACGAGAUGAUCACGCUGCUGCACUUCCACCUGCACAACCCCAUAAUGGUCGGCAAGAAAAAAACCAAAGACGUCCAAUUCUUUGCCGAAGUCAUGGAGGUGGUCCAGACCGUGGGCGGCUCACGGCGAUCCGCCUACGACCCGGACGAGAUCGAGGAGGAACAGCGGGAGCGCGAGCGGCGCAGCAAGAUCAACCGCGAGUUCAAGUCGUUUGUCAGCGCCGUGCACUCGCUCUGGGAGAAAGAUCGGGAGCUCGCGCGGCUAGAUCUGGAGUUCGACGUGCCGUUUCGGGAAUUAGGGUUCCAUGGGGUCCCGCACAAGUCGUCCGCGUUCAUUGUUCCAACGGUCAACUGCUUGGUGGAACUGAUCGAGGUUCCUUUCCUUGUGGUGACGCUGAAUGAGGUGGAGAUUGUGAACCUCGAGAGGGUGGGGCUCGGGCAGAAGACCUUUGACAUGGCGAUCGUUUUCAAGGAUUUUAAGCGGGAUGUGCUGCGGAUUGAUGCCAUUCCGAGCACGUCGCUGGACUCGGUGAAAGAAUGGCUGAACUCGAUGAACAUCAAGUAUUAUGAGUCGCGGCUGAAUCUUAGCUGGAAGGCGAUUCUGCAGAAUAUUAUGAGCGAUCCCGAGGCGUUUCUUGCGGACGGCGGGUGGGAGUUUUUGAACCUGGAGGCGUCGGAUAGCGAGGGGGAUGAGUCGGAGGAGUCGCAGGCGUACGAGCCGUCGGAUCUGGAGGAGGCUGCAUCCGACGAUGACGAUGAUGAGAGUGAGGACGAUGAGAGUGUGGUGGACAGUGAGGAGGAGGGGGGGGAGGAGGAGAGUGAGGAGGAGGAGGAGGGGCCGACUUGGGAUGAGCUGGAGGCGAAGGCCCUGAGGGAGGAUCGGGAGAAGGGAGAGGAGAGCGAUAGGGGGAGUGGAAGGGGGCCCCCUCCGCCCAUGGGGAAGCGGCCCAUGGGGUCGGGGUCUGGAGGGCCCAUGAAGCGACCUAAGUACUGACACUUAGGUAAGUAAUAAUGUGGAAUGAUUAUU